CCGGACUCAGCCGUGGAAAGGAUCACUCAGUCAUCCCGAGACAAGCUGAACGGUAGACAUAAUGGCAAACUUCACCAACACGUCUGAAGGAAUCUCUGCUGUAAACGGGACCUUUCUGGAUUCAGAGUUUCGCUAUGUGCUUUUUUCUGUCAUGUACAGCAUCUUCUUCGUUUUGGGCUUCUUCUCUAACCUUUAUGUGCUGUUUGUCCUGUGGCGCCUCCGUGAAGCGAGGGCUAUGGGAGAAAUCCGCAUCUACAUGACCAACUUGACCAUCGCUGAUCUGCUUUUUGUGUCUGCACUCCCCUUCUGGAUUAGCUAUUACCGACGUGGGGGGGACUGGAUCUUCAAUGACUUCAUGUGCAGGGUGACAGGAUCAUUUUUUUUCAUCAACACCUAUGGAAGCAUCCUCUUCCUUGGAGCAAUCAGUCUUAACCGGUACUGGGCGGUCACUCGCCCUCUUGACGCAGCCUCUUCAGACCACAGGUGCCGCGGGAUCAUUGUGUGUACCCUAAUAUGGGCCUCUAUCAUAUCUAUGUCCAUGCCCUACUUGACAGUUAGAGGUAUAAAUGAAGACAAUACCAAAAACAAAACUCGAUGCUUUGAGGGAUACCAUAAUGGAACAAAUGAUGAAAAAAGGAAUAUUGCAGUGACGCAUUUCUUAAUAAUUGGGAUGUUUUUUAUUGUAUUUUUUCUUGUUGUGAUAUGCAACUUCCUCAUUGCCCGAGCCUUGAUUUACAAAAGUGCACCACAGUCAGAGUUGUACUCUGAGACAAUCAAGUCCAACAGAUCAACAGCGUCUUCAUGUAAAAAGCCCAGAAAGACCAGAGGGGUGAAGAGGAAGGCUUUGCGGAUGCUCAUAGCAGUGGUGGGGGUGUUUGUGUUAUGCUUUGUGCCUCACCACAUAGUCCAGGGCCCCUGGACCCUGGCUGUGCUGCAGAUAACAGAGGGCUGGGGCCAUGUGACAUGGGGCCAGAAAACACGGCAGGCACUAAACGAUGCACAUCAGAUCACCUGGGUUCUUAUGGGCCUUAACUGCAUCCUGGAUCCUGUGGUGUAUUUUUUUGCCACAAGGAAGUUCAGGAGGUUCAUCAUGGAGCACAUGAGAAAGUUAUCAAGGGGUGAGGCCUGCUCCUAUACAGCCAACACACAGAUAUCCAUGGACAGCAGAAACCCUAGUCAAAGACUCCACAGUAUCCAACAACAUCCGAACGAGGAAUAACUGAAUGAUUUCGGACAGAAAAACCCAUAAAAACAGACAUCCUGUCUUUGACACAAGUCCCACUUUAAGCUCACGGCUCAUGGCUCGACUCAUGGCUUUUUAUUUCUGUGAUUUUAAUAAGAAGUAAAUUAUUGGGAUUUUAUAUAUUUGUGUUUUGAUUUCAUGUUUUGCGAGUUUUAUGUUUUUUUUACACACCUAGCUUUAUUUACCAGAUACCACAUCAGCUUUUUAUUAUAUGUCUAACCUUGGUAGAUCUUGAAUGUGAUUUUGCAUGUACAUAUUUUUUUUUUUUGGCAGAUUUUUAAUUUCUUUGUUUUGGUUCUGCCUUUUUAUCUUAUAUUCCAUUUUGAUACAAAGGUUUUCAUGUUAAAUAAUCACUAUCCUUGCCUGCAUUUUAGUCCACUUUCAUAAUGAUAUAAUACGCAUAAUGCAUGACUGCUGUCUAAAAGCAUUUCAGUGAGCUGUCUUAAAAUAGCUGUUAAUAAGGUUUUGCAGAAAAAUGCACCGGAAGAUUGUAAGUUGUUUAUUUUUUUACUAUUGUUUACACCAAGCCUCUUUAUGAAAAUACCUAAUCUUUUCCAUCUUCCAACUUUUGAAUCAUUUUGAUCUUUAAAAAAACUGCAUGUAGUAAACUUCCACUGCAAUUCCGCCUUGACCAAGAUGUUGCCAAAGAAUCAUCAUUUGUUGUAAGCUGUUUGCUUAGCUAAAAUGUACACUUUAAACAAGGGCUUGGCAAAAUCAAAGACUAAGUUUGCAUUUUUUUUUUUAUUGCAACGGGAGCUGUAUACCUUUUAGGUUAUACCUCUACGAGAUAUCCAUAUAUAAGGACUGAAAUUUUAUUUGCAAAUGCAUUCCUUCUCAUUGAGAUUGGAUUAACUGUCUAUAAAAUUACAUUUUAGUUCUGUUUCCAUUGAACUUUGGUGUGGACUUUGACUUAGACUUUCUAUCAUAGAUAUAGUGUGAUUUACACCAGAUGGCUGUUACUAUAUUCAUAUG